UACAUUUCCCAUGAAUGACGCAAGCAGAGCGUCUAGGUCUAAACUCUCACCAACACACACACGAGACGAAUUAUAACACACAACCAGGCUUGGAGGAAGAUGAGGAUAAAGGAGAUACUAAGGACAGCGACCCAAGCAUGGAGUCCUGCAAGCCAACAUCCUGCACACCUGGCUCUGGGUACGGCUGCCCAGCAGCUGGACGCUUCCUUCAACACCAGCUCUGCGCUGGAGAUCUUCGAGAUGGAUUUUGCUGAUACAUCCAUGGACAUGAAGCUCAGAGGAUCUCUGCCCACAUCCAGCAGGUUUCACAGUUUGAUUUGGACAGCGUUUGAUACGGAGGGUAAACAUUUAUCUGGGUGCCUGAUAGGAGGCAGCGAGAACGGAAGCGUGACCGUCUACAGUCCGGACGCUAUUCUGAGCGCAGGAGACGACGCCGUGAUCGGACAGUCCAACAAACACACGGGUCCUGUGCGAGCGCUCGACUACAACCGCUUCCAGAGUAAUCUCAUCGCCUCAGGAGCCAACGAUUCUGAAAUAUACAUCUGGGACUUAAACAGUUUUAGUAAUCCAAUGACACCAGGAGCAAAAUCACAGCCAGCAGAGGACGUCAGCGUGGUAGCGUGGAACAGUCAGGUGCAGCACAUCCUGGCAUCCGCCAACCCCAGCGGAAAAGCUGUUGUGUGGGAUCUGAGGAAGAACGAACCUAUCAUUAAAAUCAGUGACCACAGCAACAGGAUUCACUGUUCUGGGAUGUUGUGGCAUCCGGACGUGGCCACUCAACUGGUUUUGGCAUCAGAGGAUGACAGACUUCCUGUGAUACAGAUGUGGGACCUUCGGUUUGCAACCUCACCACUCAAAGUUCUGGAGAACCACACCAGAGGGAUUCUUUCAAUCUCGUGGAGUCAGGCCGACCCUGAGCUGCUGCUGAGCAGUGGGAAAGACAAUCGCAUCUUGUGCUGGAACCCAAACACUGCGGAGGUGAUUUAUGAACUGCCGACAGCCAAUCAGUGGUGUUUUGACGUGCAGUGGUGUCCUCGUAACCCCGCCCUCCUAUCAGCUGCAUCAUUUGAUGGGCGGAUCUGUGUGUACUCUAUUAUGGGAGGGCGUCUUCAACAGCAUCAACACAGUACAGUGGAUCAGAUCUCAGCGUCAUUCGACACCAACGACCCAUUUGGAACGGGUCAGACUCUUCCACCUCUACAGGUUCCUCAGCCCACAGUAGAGACCACCAUCAUCCCUCCUCUGACGAAGCCGCCUAAGUGGGUACGGAGACCCGUAGGCGCUUCAUUCGCUUUCGGUGGGAAACUGAUAACGUUUGAGAAUCCUCAGCAGCAGCAGCAGCAGCAGUCGACCCAGCCGAUCCCUCAUCAAGUGCACGUCAGUCAGGUGACCACAGAGACAGAGUUUCUGGAGCGCUCGACUGAGCUGCAGUCGGCCCUGCAGUCCGGAUCUUUCUCCAGCUACUGUCAGAAGAAGAUGAAGAGCGCGCCCUCCGAUGCCGAGCAGGAUAUAUGGAAAUUCCUCAUGGUGAAUUUUGAAGAUGAAGCUCGUGUGAAGUUCUUGAAGCUGUUGGGAUUUAGUAAAGAUGAGCUGCAGAAGAAGAUCUCUGCAUGUUUGGGAAGGAGCCUGCAGCCCAAUGGUUUAGAUGUGAAUGCUUUGGCUGAAAAGAUGCAGACGCUGUCUGAUCAGAUGGCAGAUGAAUCGGGCGUCGCUGGUGGUGAUUCCCAUGCAGAUUUCUUUACUCGGCUCCCUAGGAAAGAGAAAGAAUCGUACCGCAUCCCUGUGUCCUCAGACACGGAUGGAUUGAUCAGUCAGGCCCUGCUGGUCGGUAACUUCGAGGGAGCCGUGGAUCUGUGUUUAAAUGACGGACGUUUCGCAGAAGCCAUCCUCCUGUCGAUCAGCGGAGGGGAGGAGCUACUGAAGAAGACCCAGCAGCGGUACCUCAAGCAACAAACCAACAGCGUAUCCAUGUUAAUCUCAUCAGUUGUGACACAGAACUGGCGUGAUAUCGUUCAGAGCUGUCAGCUGGAUAACUGGAAGGAAGCGUUAGCCGCCCUGCUCACGUAUGCCAACCCAGAAGAGUUUGCACCUCUGUGCGAUACUCUCGGCUCUCGUCUGGAGGCUGAAGCGACAGAGAAACGAAGUCUACAGGCGUGUCUGUGUUAUAUCUGCUCUGGAAACAUCGAGCGUCUGGUGGAGUGUUGGACGUUUCAGAGAGAUUGUUCUUCUCCUCUUACACUGGAGGAUCUGGUGGAGAAGGUGAUGAUUCUGCGUAAAUCAAUCGAGCGUUUGCGCAGCGGUGAGGUUUGUGUUCGGAGCUCGGCGCUGACAGAAAAACUCAUCCAAUAUUCCAGCAUUCUGGCAUCACAGGGAAGUCUGAGUGCUGCGCUCAGCUACCUGCCUGAAAACUCUGACCAGCCAGGUGUUAGGAUGUUAAGAGAGAGGCUGUCUCAUGCGAAGGGUGAGAUACUGCAGAGACAACAACCAUCAGGACCAGCAGGAGGAGCCAAACCAUCAAGCAUUACAAACACACGCGCACCAUCGGCAGCCACAACACACACACAGGGGCAGUACCCACCUUCAGUGCCUUCUCAGAUGCCCCUGCCAGGGCAACAGCCAAUGCCACGUCUCUUUACCCCUCAGCAGGUUCCUGAUUCUGGCCCUGCUGGAGUUCCACGCUCGGGUUUGAGACCGGCAUACCCACAACACCCGGCCACAGCGCCAGGUUUCCCCCCCUCUCAGCCGUUCACAUCGCAGUCAGGACCUCUGGGUGCACCGGUUGGUUUUAUGUCUGGUCCACAGAUGCCCCCCUCCAGCCUGUCAGGCCCCUCAUCUCCACCAGGACCCCUGAUGCCAGGUAACGUCCAGAGAAUGGGUGCCCCACCUGCGCCAGGAUUCAUUUCACCCACCUCCAUGCCAGGAGGAGCACCUGUAUUUCCAACAGCACAGCACGCUCAUGGCCCUGCGCCGUAUCCACCUUUAGGCUCGGGGUAUCCACAGGGGGGUCCGGGAGCUCCGGGGGCCAAAAGUUUCAGUUCUGCUGGUGUCCAUCCUCCACCUACAGGAGUCAUGCCAUGGCUGAGAUAUUACAGAGAUGGGGAAGGUGAUGGGGAUUGUGUGUGUGUGUGUGUUUGUGUGUGUCUCAGUGGUGGCUCGUGACUGCUCUUCCGAGGAUGCGCUAAUUCAAAAUAAGUGUUCAGAUUGUCACGUGUGUGGUUCCCUUUUCCAAAAUAUGUGUCCUGCGUGUGGAGAGAUCCUGUGUGCAUCACGUGUUUUGUCAAAAUAAGUGCCUGCUGCACACGCGUCAAAACUGUUAUUGAUUAAAGAGACGCUCAUGUUCACCAAAUACACGCUAGACACUCCCUUAACACUAAACUCUGAUUACGCAUGAGAUUAUGAGAGUAUCUGGUAAAUGCGAGCGUAAACCCUUUAGACACGUCUACAGCAGGCACUUAUUUUGACAUGACACGUGAUGCACACCCAAUCUCUCAAAGCGCAGAACACAUAUUUUGAAAUUUCGAACCACACACACAUGACAAGCUACAUACAUGUUGUGAUGAACUUCACAUUGUGCACUUCAAAAAAAGAAGUCACCGGCCGCCACUGGUGUGUCUGGUUUUAUGAGGACUUUCCUUUGUUUUUUUUUUAUUGAGUCUAGUGAUCAUUUCUAUUGCAUAAGAGCUUUUUUUUGCCUCUUUAAUAAAACACAAUUGAUUGUUUUCCCUCAUACAGAUCCUCAUAAAUAAACUAUGUUUUCAUUAUAAUGUGUGUGUGUGUGUGUGUGUGUGUGUGUGUGUGUGUGUGUGUGUGUUAUAAGCUUCAGUACUAGUGUGUGUGUUUAAUUCUUGAGAAGAGCAACACUUUCUAUAUUUCUCUUUGUAAUAUUUGAUGGUUGAAUGUAAGCGCUCAAAUGAUUCCUUUGGAAGACUGUGUGCUCUCAGAGAGGAUCAUGGGUAAUAAUCUCUUAACUGCUCAGUGCUGGGUGGAUUUAUUCAAAGGUGUUAAGUACUCAAAUAUUUUUACUUUACUCUAUUAAAUGUUCUAUACAGGGUUCCCAUGCAUCCUUGAAAUCCUGUGAAUCUGGGGGGGAUAAAUUCAAGGCCCUGGGAAGUUUUUGAAAAUAUACAUACAUAGAUACAGGUCAUUGAAAGUACUUGAAUCUAUUUAUGCAGGAAGUUUUCUGAGGAAAAAAAUCCAUAUUAUUCCCUGUGUAGUGUAGGAUAAUAUCAUAAAAAUUCUAGACUUUUUAAGCACACGUGCUAAACUGUUCUCUUUAAAUGCUUAUAUCUUCUGUAUGUGAAUGUUGAUUCAUACCAAAAUGUUUUUUGCAUAGUUUUGUUUGAAAACGUCUCGGGUUACGUAUGUAUCUGUUGUUCCCUGAGAAGGGAACGAGACGCUGCGUCUCCCUUGCCAUACUUCCUGCGUCCCUGUAACGCCGUCUUUGGCAAUAUUUCAGAUAGCGAUAUACUUCCAGGCUCCUUUGUCACCCUGUCUUUGUCAUUAAUCUGGAAAGUUCUUGAAAGGUCCUUGAAUUUAAGGUUAACUAAGGUCUGGGAACCCUGUUUAUAUAUGUGUACUUUAUCAGACUGUUUAUCUUUGGCAAAUGUUUACUUCCCUACAUUCUGAGGAAUAAAACUUUUCUUUUUACUGGACUAUCAAGAUGUUUUUUGCCUUUAAUACUUAAAUACAUUAAAAUCUAAUGUAUACUUUUACUUGAGUUCAGAUUUUGAAAAGUAUCAGAUUUGUUUAUGUAAUUAAGUAUUAAAAGAUAUUUCUUGUGAAAUGUAGUGGAAUAAAACGUUUGAUUAUUAUGCUUUCAAAUAUUAAAGUUAAAGAAAAACACCCUGAUGAAGUACAGAUACAUAAAAAAUGUCCUUUAAUAAAGUAAAUACUUAAGUACUUUGCACCUCUGUAUGUUAUUUAAUAAUCUCUCCAAUAUUUAACUCACGCUAAAGAGACAAACUGUCACACUUACAAAUGUCAUUAGAUGAAAUAUCAAAGUUAAAUGUGUAAACUUUCAUUUUUAAGUGUGACUUAAACCUCUUCAUUUGUAAGGGAUGACUUGCAUUCAGCCGGUCAUUAUUGUAAAAUAAACACAGAGCUGGUAUUUUAGGA